CCUCCGCUUAGUUGACGUCACGACGCUAGUCCUGGCAGGCAGGGGGACAAAGAAAGAUGUCCGGUGUCAUCGCCAAGUACCACUGCAACUACUGUCAGGAAGACAUCACGGGAGUGCGCGUCAAAUGUGCAGAGUGCCCAGACUUUGACCUUUGUUUACAGUGCUUUUCCUGCGGGGCGGAGAUGGGAGCACACAAGAACAGGCACGGCUACCAGUUAAUAGACUGUGGCAACUUCCCCAUCUUCCAAGCUCCCUGCAACUGGAAAGCCAAGGAGGAACUGGUGCUUCUGGAGGCCAUCGAGCAGUACGGCUUCGGCAACUGGGAGGACGUCUCCCAAUGCCUGCCAGCUCGAAGCUGUGAAGAGGUGCAGGAGCACUACAACAACCAUUACAUCGAGGGGAACAUUGGGAGAGCCACAUGGUCCACGGAGGUGGCAAUGCAAAUCAAGGAUCACACAGUGCCUGAAGGAGGUCCAUUGUCUCCAAGCCUAAGCACUCCGGUGGCCACAGUGGACAUCGCGUCCAAUGAGCAACAGGAGCUUGGCUACAUGCCCUGUCGGGACGACUACGAAAGGGAGUAUGAUAACGAAGCCGAGUCCCUGAUCAGCCAGCUGUCGAUGGGUGGCCCAGAUGAGGACGACCUGGAGGUUGCCCUGAAGCUGGCCCAGGUGGACAUGUACUCGAGGCGACUACGGGAGCGCAUGCGCCGCAAGGGCCUGGCACGAGAGUACCGCCUGCUCGAGCAGUUCUGCCAUGCGGGCCGGCCGGCCUCCAAGGCCAGUCCAGUGUCCCGCAGCAAGAAGCCUGUCCGUGAGGCCGACAAGGAACUCCAGGAGAAGAUGCGCAUAUUCAGUCAGUUUCAGUCUGCCACGGAGCAUGAGCAACUUCUGGAAAAUCUCGAAAGGGAAAAGGAGCUCAAAGCCAGGAUCAAGGAGCUGUUGAGGUAUCGGCGGAAUGGCAUCACCAAGCUCGACGAUUGCUCAGAGUUUGACGUCGCGAGGCAUCGUCGAGAAAAACGGAAGGAAGUGAAAAAGAAGUCUGCACCCGCCAGCUCCGUUCACAAAAAGCCCAUCUCAACGGCAUCAAAAAAAUACGAAGAAAAAGGAGGCGUCGACACUAUGCUAAGCGAACAAGGUGACACGAGGGAAGUCUCCAAGGAGGCCACCGACAUCACCAGCUUGCCUGGCUACGAGCUGCUCUCCGACAAGGAGAGGAAGCUGUGCCAGUCCAUAGGAAUCAGCCCUGCGUGCUAUAUCACCUUUAAGACCGUAGUGUUGAAGGACCAAGCUCAGCGGCAGAAGGGAAGCACGGCCAAGUUCCGAUCCCUCGCGGGCAUGGACAGGUCGCACUGCCGGCUGAUCCUGAACCACUUCGCAAGCAGUGGCUGGAUCUCGGCCACUUGAUUCAGGUGCCUUGCCGUAGCAACCGAGAGCGACCUGCCACAACAGCCCUUGCCACCUUUUCCUCCGCAACGACCGACGACGACACCACUCCGCACCGAUAGCUACGGCACAAGUUGUGAUCCCAGCGAGAGCUUCCUUCUUCUUACACUUGACCAGUGAAAAAAAAAAAGAAAAGAAGUGCUGCUGCUUUUGUAGCAUAGUUAGGGACUUUUUCUGUGUUUUGUUUCUUGUUUCGGAAGUUGCUGGCUUGGUGCUGGAUUUACUCGUACGAGAAUGGUAUUUGUGAAGCACUUCGCAAAACAAUACUCCUUCGUCAGCAUGUGCGAUACAGCUUUUGUAAGUCCGUGAACUGCUGUACCCAAGUGAAACAAGUGUGCCGUCGAUGUGGAACACUCCCCUCGUCUCGUGAAACGACAUGUGCUGAAGGCAGCAGAUCUUGCCCUUCUAUACUACAGAUUGGGUGUGCCCGAGGUUGGCGAUGAGGUUGGCAAUGCCUCUCAGUGACACUUUUCAGCUUCUGUAGAAGUGCACCAGCGAUACUGCAGCUUCAGUGGAAACGUUUGAAAAUGGCACAACACUGCUCUAAUGUCCAGAGUCCGCACAACUUAGCAAUCCAAGGUUGGCACUACGUGGUAAUCUCGAAUAUAACGUUUCACGUCCAUACUGCAGGAAAAGAAAGCACAUAGUCGAAGAAAGAUGGCCUCCGGGACACAAACCGGCGAAGAGUUGGCGUCCUCCCUUCUUUGAUAAAAUGUGCCAGGAACUGUGAUCCCCGUGGUGCUCUCAGUUGUUCGGAGCAUUCUUGCGCGUGCAAGUGCACAGUAGUUGACGAAGGUGUGGCUUGAAGCGUGUGAGAAUGUGAAGUCUGCUUGCAAAGGAUGUGUUUUUGAGCUAUGGUGCGUGAGUUUGAAUGUGUAAAUUGGUAAAAUACUGGUUACCUUUGUCAAUUUGAUGCUUGAUCUGUGGCAUUUCAAGUGCACAUACAGGCUUUUCUUUAAUUAUUUAAGAAAAAGUUCUUGUGUGGAAGUGUCAGGCGGGGCGAGCUUCUCGCAGCAUGAGCAAGGGAUCUUGAUGUUGUUACUGCACGAAAUUCAAUCUGUAUUUGCAAGCAACUCAUCUUUUGUUCAAUUGCAAAGGGACCAACAGCGCACAGAUGUACUGGACACCCUAUUGAUGGGAGCUUUUUCUUUCUUAAUAUCUUCCUCUUUCAUGUAUAACACAUCUACACUGUUCCCGUGGUCUUUCUUUCUUUUUUUUUAAUCACAAUAACAAUCGUUGCUGUGGUAUAGUUGUGAGGCAUUUAAGUAAAAAUCAUAUGGUCAACAUGAAACAGUUACUCGCAAAUCAAUAUGUUUUCUGCUGCUCAGUUCAGGCUAGCAGUUGUAAAUUUCUCACUGGCUCUUUUGGAUCAUCACACUCCAGUACUUUGGCACAGAGUUCGCAGGAAAUUUGGGAGGCAUGUAGAGUGGUGCCGACAUCAUGGGGCAGUUACGCUGCCUUCAUCUCUUAGAAUCAUGAGUAUUACGUGGUCGCUCGCUUUGAAGGCAGCUUCUUAAAAAGAACUAGUACAAUUGGCCGUGGCAGCAUCAAAAACCACCAUUAGUGUUUGCCCAAAAUGGGCGGUCACUAUUCUCAGAGGAGCAUGUGCCCCAUCUCGGAGGCAAUGCCAAGGAGUCUUGUCAUCUGAGCCGUGCAUCACGUAAAGGGAGUACUGGCACAAAUAUUGUAUGUUGUUUUUCUUUGGCACCGAUAAGUAGCUAAUGACCCACUUUUCUCUGUCGGAUUAAUUGUUUGCUUCAUUGUAUGGCAAGUAUUUAUUCAAAGACAUUUUUUUAUAGAGCUUGGUAGCAGUUUCGUGCAACAAGUAAGAUGGGUCCAGGUAAGCGUGAAUUCAAAUAUUUCUGUCCCCGGUACAACCCUGCAUGCGGAAUAGCUCGCAGGACACUGGCUUAUGCGGCGUUGCUUGCGACUAUCUAAAAACGUGCUCGUGCUUCGCUUACAACUGGAAAAGACAAUCUGGUGGGGCAAUCGUGUGCAAAUUUUGCAAGGUUAAAUUCGCCGGCUACCUACAACAAUCGAAAUGCUGCGGCCACGCAAGACGCGUGAGGUCAUGCGCUCUUAAAAGCUUAGUGUUGUUACACUCGAAUCUCAAUAUAACGAACACGGAUAUAACCAAAUAUUGGUUAAAGCGAAGUAAAUGAAGAAUAGUCUUGCAGUAGAUACAGCGUUAAACCUUUCUAACGAAUUUUUCGAUAUAACAAACAUUUUUUUUUUUGAUGAUGAAACAUUGUCAUUGAAUGUUGUUCAUCUGCCAUGCUUACUCAUAUUCUUAAAUCCCCAGUCUCCUACACAUAUUAAAAUUCAUUUUAAAUAUGUUCUGGGCUGUAUUUGCCAUUGCCGUUUUGUAGACUGUGCAUGUGCCUCCUCACAAAUCAACCUCGCAAGUUGUUGUCUAGCUUUGAAAAAGCUUGUGUCUGUACCUAUUCAAUGGGAUAUGUUAUUGGUAAACCCGUUUAACCGGUUGGAAUCUGUUUCACAAAUUAGAAACGAUGAAAUAUGCGAAAGCGAUUCACGCACGCAACUUCGAAGCUUCGAGAAGACCGGUGUAAUUUUUUGUGGCGGCACCAACAAGCUGCUUACUCUGAUCUUUCAGGAGUGUACCCCUAGUCUCUGAGGUAAUGCCGUCCUAGUCUUGAAUGUCUUUUAAAGGGGAGCAAUAAUGUUUCCGUAAUUUUAUCCCCAUAAACUCCUAUUUUAGCAAACCAUCUCUCUCGAUGCCUCUUGAGUUUUCCUCAAAUGUGUAAUUUGAUGCGACACUUUUUCUUCUGCACAGUAAAAAUAUCUAGGCUUCUUAUGCAUCUGAAAUUUUCCGCAGUACCCUUCAAGGACACUUCUAAGAGAAGUGACCUUGAAGGAUAGGCCUCAAUCAUUGCAUACAAGGUUGCUGCAUGCCUUUGCAAAGUACUUGCAUUCAAAUGUCCCUCAUGUGUGCACAUGUGUGUUUGGUUUCAGUCAGGAUUAACUUCCCUUGCGCGUGCUUGGUUGCAUGUGUGUGGUUUCGGUCGAGGUUGCUGUAAUGUUGCGAAGACGUGCAUGAAGAGUGUCGAGUUCAGUGUGUUUUGAUACGGAAGUGGGAAGGGCGGUUGCUCACGCUAGCCAGUGGCGCUGUGUCUGUACAUAGUUUGUAAAUUUGUUCAUUGAGAUUUUUUAAAAAAGCUAUCACAUUGCUCAUGUACAUAUUUCACAACAUAGAUCAUCAUAUAUGCGACACCUUUCGUUGAGUUUUUCUUUCUUUGCUUGUCUUUUGUCACGCACAGUUUUGGCAUCGUGCUGAAAAAGGUACAUUGCCAUCACAACUACAUUUAAAACGUGGUUUUUGUGCUUCUACUCUCUUGAGAAGUGCGUCUGUGAGGUGGUGAAUGUGGCACCAGGUUAGUGCUGCUAAAAUUUCUGUGAAUUUAUCCGGUAAUUCUUACAUUUUUACUCUAAUGCAGUUACUGUUCUUUAGAUUCAGGAGGUGUAGCGGAGUGCCAUUGGCAGUUUCUUGCAACACUGAAUUUAUUUGUGCAACCUUUUUUAAACUCUGAUGUUUCUUAAAAUUUAUUUGAAUCGUACACAGUGUCAUCAGAAAACGCACACGUGUCUGCUUUGCUCUGUGAUAUGCCAUAUACAGUGGCAUUAUUAGGCCGGUCUGUGGUACAUGUUUAGUUCUCAAACCGGGAAUCUGUUUCGAAUUUUAACCCUUUUUUUUUUUCAGUUCUAAAUGUUUUUAUGGAUUUAUGUUGUAUUACAUUCAUCUGGGAACAAGAAAGCAUUAAAGAAAUAUAUUUUUUAAAAAAUCCCACCGAAUUUUUGUGAUGCACUGGCUUUUUUUUAUUCACGAGUGUGCAUCAGUACCUGUUUGUCUUUAUCCCAACAUGUGUAAGUUCUGUGAAAUUACACGGAACAGUGAGAUAAGAUAUUUCUAUAGUAUUAAAAUAACCAGGUGGUUAUUUGACUUGUCAACCCGCUUUGGGCUUUUGGUGUAACUAUGCUUUUAUUUGCUCACAGGGGAAAUGUGCAAGCGACUGCUCAUGCGACUUUCAUGUAUUGUUGCCAUUUUAUUGUCAUUUUGUACGUUUUUGCUACACCAGGUGGCAACACUUGUACAAUUUUCUUUUCUGUCAGAUUUGUUGUCGCACAAUUUGUAAAGAAAAAAACUCUUUGCUUCUUGAGCAAUAUUUUGUGAGUGUACGGUGUGAAUUCGCUGUCGGAAUAGCCAAUGCCAUCCCGGCGGUAGUGGACAGAUGUCGCCUCACAGUUUCAACCAUGACUGCUACAGCACUGAAAGGAGCAAGCGGUGAAUGCAUAGUUUAUAGCGAAAUUAAGCAGCUUGAUGGUGAUAAUAAUAAUGGCUGAAGGCUCUUCUAUGUUCCUUCAUAAAAAAAAAGCAUCUGAAAGGCAGGGCAUUGACAGCACAGGAUACAUGCACGAAACAGCUAUGCAUAAUAAGGUUUAUAUCUGCAUUAGACCUAGCUGAAGUAAAUGUUACUUCACAAACUAAAUCUUGGAACUAGAUGCCACACUCUCAACGAAAGAAAAAUGAAUCAAUCCCAAGUCAAAGGCUAGCUUGCACUUUCAGAGCAUGCUUAUUGCUAUCAGCAGCUAUAGGUGCCUGCAGGUGUUGCCAAAAGCCAUGUCUUGACCGCUAGUAGGUCUCUUGGUACUGGUGCUGCGUAAACACAUACAAACUUUCAAGCCCUGGAUAUGGCUUGCGAAAUAUUGCUGUCCAAGAGCAGCGAUGGGGACUGAGAACACAGUGGAGGAUGCAACAGCUACAGUAGUGUGCGCAAUGCCAACGUGGCGACAUCUGUCCAUCGUUCACCUCGUGUCUGAUGAACUUGUAAAGUCUGCGUCUCUCAUAAUCAAGUGGUGGUUUUGGGACGUUAAACCCCACAAAUCAAUCAGCUUGUAAAGUCUAUUUUACUUGCCUCAGUACACCCUUCCCAUAGUGUUGUGUAAAGAGAAUUAUAAUAUAUGCCAUUUGCAAUAAAACCCAGUUUCAGGCUGUGUUCCUCGGUGAGAUUAUUUUUGAGAAAUUCAGCUAUUCGUGAGGCUUAAGUUUUGAUAGUUACACUGGUGUGCAUGGGUGAGGGGUGUAGGUGCUUUUUGUGCAUAGAUUGCUGGCUAGGCAUUGGCAGCCAAAAUUUUUUUGUUGGCAAUAUAUGGUGGCAAGUUUUCGUGCAGUCCUGAAUUUCGCAGUUUGAAUUCAUUUUGUAGUGGGCGUACAAGUGAAGAGCAGUGCUGGCGCAAACAUGUCGUAACGUACUCAGCCACGGUGUACGCUUAAAUCUCUAGGUCGGCGAAAUGAGCCAUGUACUCGCUCAUGCUCGUUACCGAUAUUUCCGCAGGCCGUGUGGUACUUGCACACAUGUACACUCGCACUUUGCACGGGUUAGUGCAAAGCCCAUUCUCAGAGACUCACUCAUAGUCGUACUCGCUUGUUCACCAACGGCCACUCGCAAUCACACUUGUAUCUACGCUCGCUCAUUCACAUGUCUGAAUACCAUACGUGGGUAAAUGCUUGCGUACAUUCCCUCGCAUAUAACCUAAGGUAGGGCCAGAAAUUGUUUAUGAGGGCAGGAGGGCAUGAUGGGAAUGCCAAAAAGCGUUUGUGAUCACGAGAACCAUACUAGAACACUAUCGAUCUCAGAAGGAAACCAGGUGAAGAGUGUGGCUACAGCUAAUAUUCAACCACACUUAAUUUGAGACCACCUCUGGUCAUGCGCACGUGCACUCGCACAUUUCGUAACUUAUGUACGAUCUCAUGCCUGUGAAAUGUGCGCUGCGAGUAUGAGUCUGUGCACUUGCAAGCAGUUACGUCGACCUAUGCUUCAAGCUACACCUUUGACUAUCCUAAGAAAGUGCCAAAAAUGAUUAUCAUCGCUGGCAGCAAGCCAUUUCCCGCAGUCAAGUAGAACGAAACCAGUAAUUAUAAUACAAAUGGUUUUGCAUGUUUGGGUAAACUGGGUGGGUCUUAAUAUCCUUUAUUUACACUGCUCUUUCCAUAUACGUCUAGGCAAAACCCUUCAUGUUGAUAGAACAUGACAUUGUUCACACAAUUUUUUUAUACAAAUAACAAAAUAAAGUUUUAUCCCUGUCUAAACACACCACAUAAUUUCAUGUGUAUGUGUGAAAUCGCCAUGCAGGCUAGCCAGUGGUUUAGGUGUGGAGGUGCAUUUAUACCCGUUUUGCAAUGUGUGGAAUCGAAAACUUUCUAUAGUACAUAGAUGAAAGCUCACACGGAUAUUUGAGAUGUAAUAAAAGGCGUUUUUUAUUUGCAA